CAGCCUCGCCCUUGCCCCCCGCAGCAGCAGCAGCAGCAGCGCCAGCAGCAGCAGCAGCAGCAGCAGCAGCAGCAAGCCCGCUGGUGUGCAGCAGCGGCUGCUGCUUCGGCCACUGGGCUGCGCUGCUGCAGGUCAGGGGAUCCGUUCCCCUUUUUUGGGGCCAAAAGGGUUUAGCAGCAACAGCAACUCUCAGCAGAAAUGCCCUUUUGACUGCAAACGCUUUCGAAAAACACAUUCACAUGCUGCAGCGGCGCUACGGGGGCGAGGCGGUGCUGGUGAAUCUGCUGAGCAGCAGCAAAGAACAAGAAGCAAAACUUACUGCUGCGCUGCAGCAGCAGCUGCUGCUGUUUGCGGAGGAACACCCGGGCCUCAAACCCCCGCCGCUCUUCCUCUACGACUUCCACUCCAAGAUGAAGGCUAAGGCGUACGAGGCGGCGUUGGGGGACUUUGUGCAGGGGGAGCUGCUGAGUGCUGCAGCAGCAAUUGGUUUCUACUGCAGCCCCUGUGCUGCAGCAGCAGCAGCAGGAGAAGCAGCAGCAGCAGCAGCAGCAAGGAAGCAGCGCGGGGUGCUGCGCACCAACUGCCUCGACUGCCUGGACAGAACAAAUGUCUUUCAGUGGUUUUUUUGUUGGUUUUGGCUGACGCAGCUGCUGCGGGAGAGCCGCUUCGACGCCUUCCUGCUGCCGGUCAAACCCUGCAAUUUGCUGACUGUCUCCUCCGCGCCCCUGGGCUUCGGCCCCUGGCUGAGGGGCCCCGGGGGCCCCUCAGGGUCACUUGUGACUUUAGUUUUAGGAGACACGGGGGCCCCCCAGCAGCAGCAGCAGCAGCAGCAGCAGCAGCAGCAGCAGCAGCAGCGGCAGCGGCAGCAGAGGAGCGGGUCUGGCGCGGCUAGCGGGGCGCAAGCGGCGACGGCGUCCGCAGCAGCAGCAGCAGCAGCAGCAGCAGCAGCAGCAGCAGCAGCACUCAGCAGCAGCUUCAGCCGCGUCGAAGAAAGCAGCCGCCAGGUGUACAGACACCGCAGCAAUGCAGCAGAAGCAGCACAAGAAGAAAUUUCUGUCCUUAGAGAUGUCGUCAAAAAGAUGUGGGCAGACCAGGGAGACAGCAUCAGCAUGCACUACACCGGCACUGGCUCCGUCUUGUCCUCCCAAAUCAAACAAGGAGGCCGCAGCACUUUCGCCUCCAACGUCGACCACGCCCUCAAGUCCCUCGGGAGGUUCUACCACAACACUUUCGAAGAUGCUUUUAGACAAGAGUGUUUAAAUUUGCUGCUGGGGCAGCACCGCCUUUCGCAGCAGCAGCAGCAGCAGCUGCAGCAGCAGCAGCAGCAGCAGCAGCAGCUUGCCGCUGCGGGUGUGGCAGCAGCCCAGAAGCAGCAGCAGCAGCAGCAGCAGCAGCAGCACCGCAGCAGCAGCAGUAGCACCGCAGCACCAGUAGCAGCAGCCCAGCAGCAGCAGCAGCAGCGCAGCAUCAGCUGCAGCGCAGCCUCAGCAGCAGCGCAGCAGCGGCAGCGCAGCAGCAGCAGCAGCAGCAGCAGCAGCAGCAGCAGCAGCAGCAGGGUGUGGGGCAAACUCAUCAGCAGCAGCACGCAGCAGCUAGCCAGAAGCAGCAGCAUCAGCAGCAGCGACGGGGGCCCCUGGGCCCUGGGGGCCCCCCUGGCCCGCAGCAGCAGCGGCAGCCUGCAGCAGCAGCAGCAGCAGCAGCAGCAGCAGCAGCAGGCCUACAGCAGGGCCAGCAGCAGCAACAGCAGCAGCAGCAGCAGCAGCAGCAGCAAACCCGCGUCCUAUGUCAAGGUCCGCAGCGUCUCCAUGGUGGGCCUUUGGAUUUGCCUUUAUGUCCGCUCAGACCUCAGGAGACUUAUCAGCAAUGUGGAUGGGACAACAGUUAAAGUUGGAAUGAAAGGCAACGCAGGCAACAAAGGGGCAGUUGGAGUUCGAUUGCGUUUGGGGCUUUUGGAGUUUUGUUUUCUUAAUGUCCAUUUGGCUUGUGGGGUUUCGGGGGCCCAGGAAAGGCAGCAGCAGCUGCAGCAAGUGCUGCAGCAGGCCUUCCAGCAGCAACAGCAACAGCAGCAGCAGCAACAGCAGCAACAGCAGCAGCAGCAACAGCAGCAACAGCAACAGCAACAGCAACAGCAGCAGCAGCAGCAGCAACAGCAGCAGCAGCAGCAGCAGCAGCGGGAGAGCCGCGAGUGCUGCUGCAUCUCUUCUUCUUUCCCGCCAUCUGCGCAACCAAAAGAAUUAAACCAACUAAUUUAA